UGACUGCAAGUGUCAACAGGGCCUCCCUUCCUUUCUCGAUUUUCUUUCCCCCCCUUCACACACGCUUUUCUCGCGACAUUCCUUUGUCUCCUCGCCCUGACGAAACACGUAAUCAAGCAAGUUGUAAACAACCUACCUUCUGGUCUCGAAAUCUUGAUCUAGCAGACCGUCACUCCUUCCCCUCUCCCUACUCAGAGAGCUACUUGUUGUUGUUGUUGUGGUAGCAAAUACAGAAGAGGAAGAAAUAGUAAUCAACAAUGGCACUCCAAGCUGCGUAUAGGCAGUUUCUUGCUGCGCCCAACUCAUCUGCGUUGGCAGCAGACGCAUCGCUGCACUACAUCACCACGACCACCAGUUUCCAUGGCCCAACCGAAAUCAUCAAGCAUCUGAGCUCGCUGCGCAACCAGGUCAAGAAGCCGAAGGAAGAUCUGCUGCAGGUUGUCGAAGGCCGAAAUGCUAUCGCCGUCGAGACCGAGACCUCUUUGGAAUUCGUUAGCAGCGGAGGGGUAUACCUCCCCGGCUUGGAUGACAAUUUCGUGGCCGAUCACAUCGUUUUUCUCGCAAUUCUCCAUAUCGUGACGUUCGAUGGCGACGGCAAAAUCUCGCAGAUUCGGCAAACAUGGGACCAAGGAGCGCUUCUGAAGCAGCUCGACGUGAUUGGCAGGACGGGUCGCAACUGGCCCAUUCGCGACAGCAAGGAACAGCUCAAGCUAAUUGCAAGCUCAGUCAGGGCUGCUGGAGGUGCAAGCAAGCCUCCCUCUGGCUCGGAGCUGGUCAAUCGUUCUCGCGGAAACUCGACCAACAUCUUGAGAGACCCACACGCCUCGCUUGCCCUGUUUGCGCCGCGUGAGGAUGUCGGAAAUGUCCCCGAAUCUGUAGUAUCUCCGUAUGCCGGCUCUCGACCGCGUCAGCGAUCCUUCACCGAGAUAUUGGGGGAUGAGCCCGUCGAGGCCCCCGCCACUCCAAGCAACGAUCGCGGGAGAUCGCAGUCCCCGAGCAAGGCCAUCGCGCCCAAGGGCGGUGCUAGCAAGAACUUCCAGCCGAUCCGUCUCUUUGACACUGACGAGGGCGUCGAGGAGGGCCCCGCCACGACAAGCAACGAUCGCGGGAGACCGCAGUCCCCGAGCAAGGCCAUCGCGCCCAAGGGCGGUGCUAGCAAGAACUUCCAGCCGAUCCGUCUCUUUGACCCUGACGAGGGCGUCGAAUCUGGAUCGGACACCCGGGAUAAGAGCAGGUCUCCCGAACGCCGCUAUCGCCCGAACCCCACGAAGUACCAGCACUUCGACUUCGCCGACGGGUCUGACCCGCAAGAUGCUCCCAAGCCAGGCGUUGCCUUUGACAAGACAACCAAGUCAAGGCACGAUAGCAACUGGUCCUUCGAGGACUUCGUGACGCCGCAGAAGGCUGGCGCCAACAAGGGGGGGUCUCAUCGGCCGCAGGACAUGCGGCACUGGGGCACCGAGAACGACCAAGUCGCCGAGAGCCCCGAGAAGAGGGUGCAACAGAUCAAGCCGCGCCGAGACGCCGAGAAACACUUUGAGUUCCGGGAUGAUGGGUUGCCUUCUAACGAGCAGCGCCUGAUCGGGCGCCCGCGGGGUGCCGGACACAAUACGGGCCUCGGCCUGUACCAGAACAAUGUCUACCGCGAGGACGGCAGCGCACCAACCCCAGGCCCGGACGCUCGCGCGCUCGGCAACAUCACCAAUGUCAAGGAUCGCCGAAAGGACUUCGAUGCCCACUUCGCCUUCUCGGAUGCAUCGCCGCACAAUGGCAAUGGGAACUCCCAACCCAAGGAUGCUGAUGUCGCGAAAGUCAGCGAUGACCGCAAGAAGGCCGUCAAGAUGAUGGAGAGCAAUUGGGCUGGCUACGAUGAGUCGCCGGUAUCUCAGAAGGAGAACAGCAACCCCAGCCGGCCCCCCCGAGCCGAAACGGAUGCUCAGCACACUAUAGCCACCGCUGGUGACGGAAUGGGAGGAAGGAAGGGUGCCGGGCGCGGUUGGGGUAUUGGUGACGAGAGUGACAAUGAAGGGCACGUACGAGCCGUCCCUGGCAAGCAGCAAGGUUCGCAAAAGUCGCACACCGCCUGGGACUUUUAAAGGGCUCAAGCCCGAAGCUUCCUAUUGCUGCGCGGCUGGAACUGAAAACGGAAUACGGUCGGAGGAAUAACGCCGAUAAUGUCUCUUCUCGCUUUUCUCUCUUCUUCUUUUUGUUACGAUUACGUGUCGCUAUGCUCAUGAUUCAUGGACAACACAAAAAAAGAUUGUCGAUACCUUGUAUGUGAAUCGUGCAGGAUUCGCCCGAUACCCCAUCUUGUUUCGAUUAUUCAGCCCGA